CAGCUCGGUCCUGGGUCCGUGCCAAAUGUACUGACUUUGUUCAGGAACUGCGGGAAGCUGGUGGGGCCCCACAGACAAAGCCCUCCCUGCGUGAGGGAUCUGAGUCCUGGCAGGACAUGCUGCUAUUUACACGAACUGACUUCCCACUUGCUUGUACAGAGGCCAAAAAGCAUUGCUGGUACUUUGAAGGAUUAUAUCCUACAUAUUAUAUAUGUCGCUCCUAUGAGGAUUGCUGUGGCUCAAGAUGCUGUGUAAGAGCUCUCUCUAUCCAGCGACUAUGGUAUUUUUGGUUCCUUUUGAUGAUGGGAGUUUUGUUCUGUUGUGGAGCCGGUUUCUUUAUCCGGAGGCGGAUGUACCCUCCUCCACUAGUAGAAGAACCUACUUUUAAUGUGUCUUACACCAGACAACCAGUCAACACUGCAUCAGGGUCACAACAACCUGGAGUGCCGUAUUACACAGAUCCAGGUGGACCUGUGAUGAAUCCCAUGGCUAUGGCUUUCCAUGUCCAGCCCAAUUCCCCACAAGGAAACCCGGUUUACCCACCCCCACCUUCCUAUUGCAACACACCACCUCCCCCCUAUGAGCAGGUGGUGAAAUCCUCCACGUGAGGACUCUGGCUCUCUGACCUGACUGUGUGAGAAGAAGGUGCAAUUGCAAAUUGACCAAGAUGGAAGGCACCUGCCCUUUUGAACACUUGCUAGUUCUCCAAGUACUCUCUCCUUCCCUUCCCUGCACCUUUCCUCAUUAAAGUUACUUGCAAAGGGGUUAAUUUUAAAUUUUUUUCUUUUUUCCUUUUUUUAGUAGAAGUGGAUUUUUUCUUUGUCUUCAAAAUGAGAGAAGUUGUCUUUGUAAUGCUUUUAAUGGAAACCUAUAUUUAAAACCUCUAUGUCUUUCUCUUUGUUGUUCAUUUCAAUCAAGGUUUUAAUUGCAUCAUGGCAGGUUACUGAUAGCAGUUCUUGCAACCUCAGAGUGAUGUGCAGCUUCCUAAAACCCCACAGCAGAAAUGCCCUCAGCUGUGGGAAACAGCAAAGAGGAUAAAGGUAGAAGCAACAGGGCAAUGACUUUACCAGAAAUUGUGACUACCAUCUCUUUCUGAUGUAUAACAGAAAGAUGCUCUGAUAAAAGUCACUGUGACUAGAGUACCAGUAUUGGUUGAGUCGUGGCAGGGGCUCUGCCAAGUGCCCUAGUAAAGAGCGAGUUGUUACUUUAAAUGAUGCAUCCAAAAUUAAGGACUGGGACUUGAGUGUUUCUUGUUCAUAAUCUGAACUUUGCCUGUGUGAUUGACUCUUGGCUCCCCUUGUUUUACCAGUGCUGAGAUUGUAUGGAACAGAGAAUGAUCUGGAUGUUGGCAUGAAAGGAAGGUGUUACAACUCAGAGCUACUUGUGCCUCUUGACAGAACAGUUAGAAACACUAAAAUACGUAAGUUUUCUUCCCUAAAUUGGAAAAUAUUUACAGUAAGAAGGGAUGGGAGCAUAGGUACACAUUUACUCUCUUUGGCAUUGAUGGGAGUUUAGUCCCUGAGAAAGAGUAUCUUUCAUUAUAGUCUUAUUGCUGCCACAAAGAGUACCAAGUAAAGUUGUCAUCUUAGGUGACAGAUCUGUAAACCUGCUCUCCUCUCUAGGUCUGAAAAAUAGUAACUUUUUGAGACAGGCUUUUAAUAGCAGUCUUUGACCUGAUGCACAGAUGGUUUGGCUUUCAAUAUCUCUUAGCUCUUCAGGCAUUUUGCUAUGAGUGCUCAUGGCCAACCCUCUCAAUGACCACAAAUGAACAUCUUCAAAUAAACACAGAGCCCCUUUGCCUGUCAGGGCUCUCGCACCCAUCCAUGUCAAGCAAAAAUUUGAAGUUGCUCUGAAACAUGACUUUGUACUAAUGGGACCUUCUGCCUUUGUGCAUAUUCAGUCGUGUCACUGAGCAAUGACAAAAAGAAGAUGCCAUUGCCUCCUACUGCUGAAAAUUAACAUAGCUGAGGGUUAGGAGGCCCAUGUGAUCUUUUGGGUACUAGGUGAAUGCUCCUGUGUGAUGCCAGCCAGGGCACAGCAGUCUCGCUGAGGUGGUUUGGAGUAAUCUGAAGACCUGUGUUGCACAGGAAGCCAAAGCUUUAUUGCGCUGUUGUUCUGUGCCAGUGGCUUCUGAGAACUUGUUUCUAGGUGUCAGGCUGGAUUUGCAAAACAUCUCUCUUGCUGUGAAUAUGAGUGUCUAACAGAAAAACUUGUAAGGGCCAUUGUUUCUGCUGGUGGAGUCAUCAGUAGCCAUCUGGAGCAAAGUUCUGGAACACUGGAGGAGUUCAUUCCUCCCUACCUGACUUGGGUGAAAUUGUAACCAAGGCUUUCCCUUACUGUGCAUCAUAAUAAGGGACAAAGCAAAGUACUUUUGUGUGUGCAGUCUUAGGCUUGAGGGAUACUUCAGUGAACAAAAAAGUACAUUUUAUAGGUGAAUAUGAGGUCCAUCUGCACAUCACAACUGUAUGUAUUUUCUAAAUUAGCUUGCACUUGAAAUGUAAAAACUGUGUAUGUCACGGAGUCUGGUAGUGUUUACAAAACAUAAUUUUUAAAAUGUAAUUCCAACCUUUUCCUGUCAAUAGAAAUGGCAACAGACCUCAUGUUAAUAGAUAGAUGUUGUUAAGUCCUUUUGUAUUAUGAAAUGUAUCUAUGACAGCUGGCAUUGUCCUGGACACAUUGAAUAGAAGCCUUUGUACAGUGAAAUUCAACUUCAGGUGAAGUUUUCCUCAA